ACAUUACAGAGCUUUGUAGUUAGUAAGUAAGUUGGUUAACUUAACAAAUUUACUCUUUUUUGUUCACCAUUCUGUCCAUUUACAGGUUGAUAUAGAGAAAUGGAAAUACAGAUAGUGAAAGCAGGUUGGCUUCAAAGACGAAGUACUGUGUUACACCGCUGGAAGAAGAAUUGGUUUGUAUUGUACAGAUCUGGAGAGUUGGCGUACUUUGAGUCUCAAGAUAAACAUGAAGCAGAGGAAAGGUUCAUUGUUUGCGCUGUAUGUCUAGGCAUCAAAACCACUGGCGAAUGUGAUUUUAGUGCACCAGAAGGAAGCAGUAAACAGUGUUUGUUCUCUCUUCAACUACGUAAUGCAGAUAACCUGAAACUAUGUGCUGAAUCACCAGAUGAUAUGAGGGCAUGGCAUAUAGCCCUUGAAGAAGCUCGGACCAUGAACAGGACUGGGGACGGAGCAGCGCCCCCAGGGGUGGUUGUACCUCCAGGGUCACAGGUUAUUUACCCGCAGACAUACUCACAUGGUUACCGUGGUGGGUACCCAGGACAGAUUAUUGCUGCACCAGGACAAUAUGUUGUGAGCAAUGCUUCAGGGGGAGGUCCUAUUGUGAUGGGGAACCAGCCAGGAGGACAGGUGGUUUGUGUACGGGAACCAUACUACUACAGGAGAGGGUACUACUCUCCCCUAGUCAUGGGACCAGUUCUGUGGUGGUAAACAGCUGUGGUUCAGUCUGUUGCUAUAACAACAACAACAACAGCAUAAAAUAACAACAUUGGCAUCUGCAACCUUAUAAGUUGACAUAGUAAAGAAAAAUGUAAUAUAACAUUUUAAAACAGCAUUAUUUACUCUAUUCUAUUCAUAUUGUGACCACCUAUAGUGUGUAGAAUUUACACAUAACAUAAAUUAUUUUCUUUGUGUGACGUCAAAACA